UUUAAUUGUUUUCUCCCCCUCAGACUCUAGGUAUUUAGACUAAAUAUGGCUGGUUUGGGAGUUUACAAACUGGACAAUGGAGAAAGUUUUCCUACGAAUUGUUUCCCAAUAAGGUCAUUUCAUCAGAGUAAAGAAGGAGCAGGGCAUUGGUUAAUUGCCCAAAGAGUGAGUGUGGAGGACCGAUAUAAGAUCCUUAAGCAACCAACAUCAUUAAAACACUCUUGCACAAGACCGUCGGGUCAGUAUGAAUGUGAAAGACUUGGGCAAAGAACACUAAAACAUUCUGGAAACACUUUAAAUGGAGAGAUUUUGAUGGCUCUGCACUGUGUGGACAGACCGUCUGAUCUCUGCUCUGUGGACAUAAGUGAAAGAAAGCUGGAGUCGGUUACACUUGAAGGGUUGGAGCAAUUUGAUAGUGUUGCUUACAUUAAUGCUUCUGACAACUUUUUAACCCUAGAGGCUUUUAGCAGGUUUCCUGCACUGAGGGAGCUGGAGUUGUUGUUGAAUGGUCUCAGCACCGUGGAAGUUAAUGCUGUAGAUUUUCCUAGAUUAGAGGUCCUGGACCUCUCCUACAAUAAUUUAUCAAGUAGCGGUAUAUUAGCCAUUGGCCUUCUACCAAGAUUAAAAGUGCUUCAUUUGACCGGAAACAAUCUGCAGACACUUCCGCCUGAUAUGGCUGGCUCUAAUACUCCCGAUGGUGAUGUAGCACCAGAGUCCAGUACGUUGUUUCAGACUCUUGAAGUGUUGAUGCUGGAUGAUAAUAAACUGACUUCAUGUGUCUUCAGAAGUCUUUCAAAUCUAGAAAGGCUUCAGCAUUUAAAUCUAGAAGGAAACGCCAUCUCUGAAGUUCCUUACCUUCAGCCGACACCUCUGCUACAGGUGCCAGGUGAUUCAGAAAAUGAGGAAGAUUUCUGUCCACCAUUACCAGAACUUCGAUAUCUGAAUCUGGCAAAAAAUAAGAUAUAUGAAGAAGAGGCAUUGUUGGCUGUAGCAUUGCUUCCUUUCCUUAGCGAGCUUGUUAUCCACUCAAACCCACUGACUACACAGAGGAGUGGUGAUCCACCAAUGUUGACUUGGUUUCUUCAAGACAGACUUGGUAUUAAAAUAAGACGUAAGAAGUCAGAUGAAAGACGUAAGAAGUCAGAUGUAAAGCCACAGCUUGUGCUCCCUGUCAAGCCUAAAAGAAAGGUACAAACCAAAAUCCCAAAGGUACGAAAGGUUUCCUCGAUCACAGAGGCCUUGUGUGCUUCAGAAGUCCCUUCUACAGACAGUGGUUCUAAAGAACUAAACAGACAACAGACAUCAGAUUCCAAGUGCUCUGACACAUUGCUUCUCAGCUCUCCAUGUACCAACACCGAUGAGAUGAAGAAGGAGAUAGAGAAGGAGAAUGUCACUGCUUUCAAUGAAUCAAAUCCUUUGGAAAGGGAAAAUGCAGAAAUUCACAGCGAGAGUCAGCAAAAUGAGGAAACAUUCUUUGUAACAGAGUUCCCAAAGGUAAAUGAUUUGCUAGAACUUCAGUAUCAGGACAAAACAGAGCAGUCAGCAGACAGCACACAUCUUGGAAGAAAUGAUGAUAAACAAUGCCCUGAGAAGCUCCUUGGUUAUGAAGAUCUGCUAGAUGAUAACCUGGACUUAGACAGGCCUGAGCCUGUUGGAAUACAGCAGACCGUUAAAGCUUUGGAGUACAUGCUGAAGAACCUGCUUGUGUACAGAGAUUCCAAAGCAAAUUUACAGAGACCAUAUAAAGAACAACCAAAAAAAAUAAAGAAUUUGCUUCCACAAAAUCCGAAAGGAGAGAAAGUUAAAAAAAUUCUCACAGAGAUGAAAGAAAGGAAAACAAUAAGUGAAGUCCCUCUUGACAAAGUUCUUCAUGGAAAAGAUAUAUACAGGAAUGAAUAUAAAAAGGCACUGUUAUUACUAGAAGAUAUGAAGAGCAAGUACAAGAUGAUCCACUUGAAAUCAAAGGAGCAAGCAGCACAAAUUGAGAGCAACUAUAGGACUAAAGAACAAUAAUGGUUCAAAUCCACUAACAUAAAUUAAAACCUUAAUCAUGGCUC